AGGAGGCUGAGGGUGGAGCUACCAGGAAGAAGAGGGGAUUACUAUCACUGAUUCCCGUCUCCUUGCGCUGCAGCUACUGACAACACCCUUGCUUAGAAUGAGAGCAGAGGGCUUCUUGUGAAGCAAAAAGGAGCAAGGCUGCAAAGAAAGUCUGCUUUCCCCUUUUCUUCCUGGCAGCCAGCCUGCCUCCCUGGGGGAGGGGGUCACAUUUUUUUUUCAGCUUAUAAAGGGCAUCCCGUGCUGAUAAAGGUUGGGAACCACUGUUCUAGUUAACUAAAAGUGCAGGCAGCUUUUCGUUUGGAAAUAUUUUUUUAAAAACCAUCGCACCUAUACUCACAGUACAGUGUGUGUGCGCUUUUAGAUGUUUGUAGUUUUUUAAUCCUUUACAUGUUUUUAUUUUAUUUUUAAUUGUAUUGUUUUACUACUUUGUUAUUUGUUGCGCUGUGUGCCUUUGGCAGGAAGGGUAGGAUAGAAAUUUAACAAAAAUAAAUGCAUUGUUGAGAAUGAAAGCCUCUCAGUACAUUUACAGCAAAUUGAGAUUCUGCUGGGAAAGGUUACUCCCUCAGGUUCAAGAAACUUUAAAGAGGAAUGUCAUACUAUCUUCAUGCAGAAAACUUUCCAGAUAGAGCAUCUGUAUACGUUCGUCAAAAUGGUCAGCUAUAUAAGAUAAAUCAAGUUUCAGGAAGAGUAAACAACAGUGUUUCAAGACCGUCAAGACUGUUCUCCAAAGGAUUCUCUGUUGAGCUCUGUGUGAACAGGGAAAAUGACAAUGGAAGGACAGAUCACUUCAUCUUCACUUACACAAAGAAGGGAAAUCUCCGCUAUUCUGCUAAGUCUCUCUUCAGCCUAGUCUUGAGUUACAUCGCUGAUAACAUUAAUCAUGUUGAUUCAUUGGUUGACUUCCCAGAGCAGAUAGCAGAAAAGCUUUUCUAUGCGGCAGAUGCUAGACAGAAAUUUACAGAACCAAGAACAGGACUUUGUGCUUUACAAAAAUUUACUGAUGCUUAUGGAAGUUUAGUGCUUCAGACUCUGUGCUUGAAAAAUGGUUACCUAGUAAUUUCAGAAAAACUUGAAGAAAUUAAAUCUUUCCGGGAUUUAACAUGCUUGGAUUUGUCCUUUUGUAAACUUGGAGAUGAGCAUGAAUUGCUAGAACAUAUCACCAACAAGACAUUAUCUAGUUUAACUCGGCUUCUCCUGAAAGAUAACUGCUUAUCGGAUGUUGGUCUUCGCAAAAUGACAGCACCUGUUCGAGUGAUGAAAAGGGGCCUUGAAAAUCUCUCAGUAUUAGAUUUGUCUUGUAAUCCAGGAAUCACAAAUUCAGGACUGGGGUAUCUGCUUUCUUUCAAAAAGCUGAAUUAUUUGGAUCUUUCUAGGACUGGCCUCCAGGACAUAAACGUGGCUGUUUGUCGGAUCCAGACACAAAUAGGUCUAGCUCAUUCAGAGGUGCCCUUGAAAGAAUUUGAUCAUAAUAGCUGCAAAACAGAGGGAUGGGCAGAACAGACCAUCUUGCAAUGGAAGCACACAAUGCAAGAAGCAAUUCAACCAGAAAAAACCUUGAAAUCUAGAGCAGCAGCUCAAUGUUUCUAUGGAAAAAGAGCCAGGACAGAAGAACCUCUUGAAUUUCUAGUUGAAGAAAGUGAGCCUUCUGAGAACUUGCAAUUCUACAAGCCAAGAGCAGAAAUGUUAAGUUUCCCUUUACUAACAGGGAAGAGUGAAGUGAGUGAAGAAUUACAGAAUAAGAAGAGUGGUGUGGCUGAGCAUAAAGAACAGAACUUUAAAUCAAAGCAGCUGAGCUUCUCCAUGGCGGACUGGGACUUGCUAAAUUCUUAUUGAUUCAGAUUGUAACAUUAGUAUGAGUUGCAUGAAGAUAAACACUUUAAAAAAUGA